AAAAGAACUGAAGAAGCACCGCACUUCAAUUCCAUACAAAACAAGCCCCAAGUCUCUCUGUGUUGGCUGUUCUUUGUUCUCAUUUGGGUAUACAAAAAAUUCAAUUGAUGGAUUUGUCUUGCAUCCUUGUUAGUAUGUGUUUAUUCUCUUCAAUGUUUCCGAUCUCGUUGGCUGCUAAACCAGAUAAUCAUGCUAAUAACCUAACCAUCCAGCAGAUCCAUGAUGAAUGUUUACCAGAAUCAGGAGACUUGUCGUCUUCUCUAGGUCUAUACCCACCAAACCCAAAUGGCCAAUCUUUGGAUACUCCCUCAGCCGCCUCAUAUUUUUUGCGAAAUGCCGAACUUACUGCAGAACAACCACCAACCACCGCCGCCGAGCAGAACCAGUGUCUGCAAUCUGGGACUAGUGAUAUUGAAGAUGGUGAAGAGCUGCUGCCAAGAGGCCAUCAGGACAACAUAGGGAGGAUGGAGACAAGAACUCAAGCGUUGGAUCUGGGAUGGACUUUCCUUAGACUCACUUUCCAAGCAUUACUGUUAAUGGUGAUUUGCCACUUCCAGGCUCCAUCAACAUCAACAUCAGCAUCACCAUCAACAUCAACAUCAACAUCGCCAUUGUCUUCUUCAAUGAGGUUUCAUGUUAUUGGGGCUGCCAUGCUGAUUGGUUUCGCUUUCACCAUGAUUGGGAUGUUGUUGCGCAAUGCAUACCCAACCGCUGCAAGCAUUGGUGAGCACACUGGCAUGUUUUCUGCCGCAUUUGGGUUCUUGGUGAUGACUGGAAUCCUCCUCCCUGAUAGAUUGAAUUGGUUUGUGUUGCCUGUUGCUGGUGUUGUCCUCUUUAUUGGGUUUGUCUUUGUCCUUGCAAACAUCAGGCAAAGAUGAUAUUAUAUAUACUUUAGGGCUGUUGUACUCGCUGUAAUAAAAUUUGUAAAACUAAUGCAGUUGAGCGAAAAAAAGUUGAGUGGGUGAAAAAAACUGAAGCAGAUAGAAGGUAAAUUUGACAUUAAAAAUUAGAUACAUUAAUGACACUACCUAGCCGGCUUCAUCUUUUAGUACCCAUCCAUGUGAGAAAUGGGGGUGUUCCUGUUGUAUGCUUCAUUUUUUAGUUUAUACAAAAUGGGUAUUGCUUCUUUAUGCUACUUUAUACUAGAAUAUGUUGAGAGGUUGUUUAAGUCCAACUCCAGUUAUGUUGUGAGCUGUCUAAAUUCAUUCAAUUCUGA